UAAAAGAGCCAUACAAUAUAUAUCAGAGUCAGUGUUUGUGGGACUAUGUCGUAAAAUGGGGACCUCACAACUGGUGGCCAUGAGGAGAGAUUUGAUGGAUAUCUGGGAGAUGGUGGAAAAUCAAGUGAGAACAAGUGAUGAGGAAAGUGUGAUGGUGAGUGGAAGUCAAAGAGAAGGAUUGAGACUGGAAGGGUCAGAUUUAGACAUCAUGCACUGGCCAAACAAUCACCAUGUGAUCUGGGAAUUAUCUCAGUCUCAGUAUUACAACACAAACAGACAAACACUGAUCCUCUGUGACUGUUCUGAUAGUCCACCAGGAUUCACUUUGUUAUAUUUACUGUCACCAAGCAUGUACAUUGAAAUCCAGAGAGCUUGCAUUAUAAUUUAUAAUAGGCACUAUAUAUCUAGUUCUAAAUUCAUACAGAUCGUGUGUUCGGCAUUAAAAAGAAAGUCAACUCGCCAUGGACCUUGUGCAAGUGGAAAAAUCAGAACACUAGAAUAUGAUGAAGCCUACUGUUUUGUUUGUGACUUUUGGCCUCCAUCUGCCUCCUCAUGGAUAGACAGAUGUCACUUUUGGCCCCCGCCUCAUUUUGUGGAUGAUAUAGUAAAAAAUGGAUGUCACUUUGUAGCAAUCGGACAUAAUCUAGGAUGUAAUGAAGACCUUGAAUGGAGAAUUUCUUUUUCUCUAGCAGAGCAAAAACUUGUGUAUGCAAUGAACCACUGUCAGUUCUUAACAUACGGCCUACUAAAAUUGUUCUUAACAGAAAUAAUUAACAAUAGGGUAGGUGAUGAUGAUAAAUUACUGUGCUCCUAUCACAUGAAGACAGCUGUUUUCUGGGUAAUUCAACAAAAUACAAUGCCACACUGGUGUCCACAAAAUGUUCUGGGAUGUUUCUGGGUCUGUUUCAAACUCAUUCUUAAAUGGGUGUAUGAGGGGGACUGCCCAAAUUUUUUCAUUCCAGAUAACAACAUGUUUCUGUGUAAAAUUCAUGGCGUCAAACAACAUCAGCUAUUUCUUAGACUGUAUGGGUUGUAUGAGAAGGGUUUAGCACUCCUGCUACACAGUCCCACCAUCCGGUCUUGUAUUAUAAAUGUCCUUCAUAACCCCAGACUCUCCAUCUGUACAGAUGAACAUACUCUGAUUUCUGAGGCUGAGUUUGACAAAAACCUUUAUAAUGAAAUACAGAGAUAUAACGCAUUAGUCAAAUCAAACAUACAAAGUUGUAUGAGAUAUCUACAAAAAAUAGAAAAAUUGAUAGGUUCACCCCUCCUGACACAGUAUCAAAACUUGAUGCUCCAGAGUCUUACAGCUUUUGUCCUUCAGAGAAGUGCUAUUAUAUUACACAUGGAAACUCAAACACAUAAAAACAAACUGAGGUAUAGAGCUAACAAAAUUUCCUGUCACAUGCUGAAAUUGGCAGCCAAAUUUGGUUACAUUACUGACAUGCUGUACAUAGCCAUGGUUUAUUACAAGACACUUAGAUACGUGGAAGCUUUAUCUAUUAUAGAGAUGAUCAAGGUCAAGUUAGCACAGCCGUAUGUGAUCUAUAUGGGUAAUGUAGAUACAGAGAUAUAUACAGAGGCUGUAGGGGGACAGUCCUGGUCUACAAAAAUGAGAAAGGCUGUAGCAAGGACUAUCAGACUUAACAAUGAAAUCCAUUACAUCAGUGAAUUGAUACCAGAACAACAGUCUGCUGUACAGAAAUGUAUUACUGAAUUAACUGUCCCACCCUAUAUUCUGUUAUACAUGCUAGAAAUCUUGUGCUACAGACAUGUAGACACAAUGAGAGUACAAACAGCUCUAGAUAAUCUACAGACCCUAGUUCACUAUGAUCAGGGUCAGUUUAUAGAUUCACGUCUCAGAGACAUAUCGUGGCAGAUUCUGGGGAUCUGUCAACAGGUGACAGGGAACCUCCAGGCUGCUCUAUACUCAUACCAACAAUCUCUCAGACAAGUACCAUUCCACAAAAUACAAACAGCUACAAAAAUGAGAAUAGAGCAGGAAGGGUUCCUUCUUUAAGAUAACUUAAUUAGUAAAAUAAAUGCCAAACACUUAUGAAAAAUUACCUGAUAGGGUUAAUGUACCUUUAUUUCUCAUUUUAUGGUCUCUGAUUAUUCUUAAAUUUAAGAUACGAGGUCGAUGGAUAUCAAUGCUCAACUGAGUCUCCUUGGCCCUGCUGUUCUUCACCUGAUUUGUUGAAACAUUUAUCCCUUCUUUA